UUUAUGCAAGUGUCUGUUAGCGCUGGUGGAGUGAGUUAGUAGGAGUGGCCGAAGCAGCCUGCUUUGCAUGAGUUGGGACUCCUUGUCAGUGGCUUCAGCUUCGAUAUUUCCUGUCAGUUGCCCGCACAGACACAGCCGAGGCGAGGGCGGAGGAGGCGAGGAGAGGGAUGGCAGAGAACAACUCCGAGACAAGCGGCUCCGUUCACCGGAGAUGUUUGGCCCAUUCUUCUGGGGAGAGAAGCGUUUCGGCAGGUGUCGGGGCAUCCAAAUGGAUACGACUAAAUGUCGGGGGGACGUACUUUCUAACAACAAGACAGACGCUGUGUCGAGAUCCAAAAUCAUUUCUAUACAGACUGAGCCAAGCUGACCCCGAGCUCGACUCUGACAAGGAUGAAACUGGUGCCUAUCUCAUAGACAGAGACCCCACGUACUUUGGGCCAGUGCUGAACUACUUGAGGCAUGGUAAACUGGUGCUCAACAGGGACUUGGCAGAGGAAGGUGUGUUAGAAGAAGCUGAAUUCUAUAACAUCACAUCAUUAAUAAAACUCAUCAAGGACAAGAUCAGGGAACGCGACUGCAAAACAUCACAGGUUCCAGUGAAGCAUGUGUAUCGUGUGCUGCAGUGCCAGGAGGAGGAGCUGACACAAAUGGUGUCUACCAUGUCUGACGGAUGGAAGUUUGAACAGCUUGUCAGUAUAGGUUACGGGCGGGCCCACCAGUCAGAGUUUCUGCUGAUUGUGUCAAGGGAGGUGAAGGGAGAGGAGUCUGCUUUGCCAAACAGCGGAGAGCUGGUCAGCAUUGGCUCUUCUUACAACUACGGAAAUGAAGACCAAGCAGAGUUCCUGUGUGUGGUCUCCAAGGAGCUGCACAAUCAAUCAUAUGGGACCAACAGUGAGCCCAGUGAGAAGGCGAAGAUUCUUCAGGAACGGGGCUCCCGGAUGUGAGAAGGACUCAGUAUUACAAGCUCCAGGUGUUAGGAUGCAAACAUAUCAUCUUUGAGGAAGAACGUUCAGUACAAUGGAGAUUUAAAGGGGGAAGGGGGUUACAUGUUUUUGGUUUUCCCUCUGCUCUUAUUUUUAUUUGUUGAUGUAAAUAAGUCUGUUUACUGACAAUUUGUGCCUGUACAUUUAAACUGGACCUUUUUUGAAUUAGUGGCAAGUAGAUUUGUUUUUUCAUCCUAUCUGAAAGUAAGGAAUUGUAAUCUAGAAAUGUUUUAUGCUAUAAAAUAUGGCCAACAUCAUAUAAGGCCAAUGAUUCACUCAGGGUCAUCUAUUGAGUCAAUUCUUAACUUUCAACUCAAGGGUCUAGCAAGGGAUCAGUAUGGUCUUUAUAACUCCAAGUAUCAAACACAAAAUCAUUGCUUUGAGAUAUUAAGAAGGGAAUUGUGCAUUUACAUGUCAAGUCAAGCUAUAAAAUAUUAAAUUCACCCUCAGAAACCAACUUAUUUAAAUUUUUAUCCAAAGAUUUCAAACAGUUUUGCUGAGAUUUGUGAUCGUGAGGAUGCAAGCUAAACAACAUACCUUGUUGGAAAGAUUCAGAGGAAUCAUUCUCCCUUUUAUAAGAUUUUUUUCCCCAGUAAAUAUUUGUAGUAUUAAAGGAAAAAUAUUAUUUUCAGAGUAGAAGAAAAAGUGGAAAAAAGUCUCACUGGAUUGUAGUUUAAAGGGGCAGUAGAUAUUAAAGUUUUCUUGUGUGUGAUUAGAAAACAUUCUUUGAACAAAAACAGAACAUUUCUGUUUUAAUAUGGACUAAACCAACUAUUUAUUGUUGAUACUGACCAGUGUUUAACUGGACUGUAAUGUAUCUUACAUCUUUGAUAACCCUGCUACCAACAUAUAAUUGGGGUGAGGAAACAUCUAGUGUGACUACGUGUUAAAGAGUUUAGUCUAUCAAUCAUAAUUUGAACUUUUGGUUUAGCUGUGAGCGCCUCAUGUUCAGAAAUCUAAAGCAAAACUACAGAAAAACUUCGAGUUGUGAAAUUCUGUCAUACUUUUUUUUUUUUCUUCCGUUCUGCCCUCCUAGUCUCCUGUCUGAAAAAGCAUUUUUUUUUUAUCCUCUACAAUAACUUCUGAAUAUUCUUAAAAGUGUUUAUUUUGCAUGUUUUGAGGGAUCAUGAUGAUUUUUUUUUUCCCCAAGGAGAAGUAUUUGCAGUGUUUGUGGACUGGAACUGUUUGAAGUCAGGUGGUGAAGGACUUUGUUCAUAUCAAAAAGAUUUUGUUUUCAUGUAAAUAAUCCAAAUUCAAUAUUGAUAUUUAACUCUUAAGAAAAACUGCACGUUUUGUACACUGUAUAGAAAACACAACUUCAAGUGGAAGUUGUUUAUACUGGAUCUUUUAAAAUGAGCAAAUCUUGACAAUGUUCUGUUUUGCAUUGUUUAUACAGGAUUCUAGAGAUUUGAGGAGGUAGGGUUGAGACAGUUGAUGCUAAUUUUCACUGCGAACAUGUUUGAUAACCAGUAACAAAGCUAUACUUGGCUGGCUAUGAAGUUGACUGUUACGUUUAAAAACAAAUUUCCCUUUUUUUUAUGUUCUGUAAUGUGAUAGAUCUUAGCAUUUUGAAUUGUCGAUUUCAUACACAGCAUUACAAGCACUACAGUGGAAAACACUGUGCACACUGCUUAUAGCCUGUAAUGUUGUCGAUGUAAAUACUGCAUUUUGGAACACAUUUUUUAAUAGAAAGUUGUUUUCAGGUUUGAUAUGUGGUUUUGAUAGGUUGGAUAUUUCAUUCAAAAUUAAUCAUUUAGUGUUGCCUUUUUCCCAAUGACCAAAAUCCAAUGUCUUAUGUGUAUUGUACACAUUGAUCUUAGUGUCAGGGACAAGUAAACAUUUCUUAAUGCUGGCACACUGUACAUAGACUUGGUAAUGACACAAACCUCCAUUUACUCACAUGCACACGUAUACACUUGACUAAAGCAGUUUUUAUAUUGAUGGGGAAACAAGUAUGGAUGCAUGUUUUUUUUAAAUAGAUAUACACAAACCCAUAUAAAAAACACACACAAGGGCUUUUAAAGUGCAAAAUUUAAUGUCUGCAAAGAGGUUUAGUCAAAGUAGACUGGAUUUACUGCCAGAGCUAGGCUAUGUUUACAUUUGCUAUAGUAUUCUGAAGCCUUCCAAUUAUGCACUGUCUUGCACUCCCUCACAUGUUAACCUAUGUCUGACUUGUGUGACUGCACCAAUGGCAACUAGUACUCCCCAGGUAAUCACUCCAUCUU